AAUGUGAAAUCCCCAAAGAAUUAAUAAAAAUAAAAAACAAAACUCAGGAGCUGAAGUGGAGCAGAGUGAGGGCAAGGAGCUGACCUGGGUAGCCCCCGAUGUAGCUGCUGGGGCAUAGGGAAAGGGCCAAUGUCUGAGAGCCUGUAAGGAGCCCCUACCUCUCUCUCUGUGAUCCCUUGGCCUCUGCAGGGGAAGGCGAGCAAACAGGGAGGCCAGGAGGAAACAGAAAAGGGACUAGGGAGUGGACUUUCUCAACCGUGAACCGGGGAGAGCUACUGACAUUUUCAGUGUGAUGUUCCUGCCUCAGUGGACAGAACAGCCUCCUAAGAACCUCCCGUGAUGUGUGCCCCUCAGCAGGCACAGGCAGGCAGCAGGGACGGAGACCAUGCAGAUGAAAGACAGCAAGGACACUGAGCCUGCACCCCAGUGCUGCCCAGUGGGCACCAGAUGCUUUCGAAGAUGGAUGGAAAGAUGCGGGGCUUUCACAGAUUGCCUGAGACCCCUCCUAACGAGGCCUGACUUGUGUUCUGCGGGCCUCUGGGGCUGCAGACUCUCAUCUCGCUGGGGGCCAUGUGACACAGUCGCCAGCCACCACCAGGUCUGCCCCAGGCAGCAGUCCCUGAGACUUGAAAUGCAGGCUCCCUUGUGAUCAGCUGGGCUCCAGCCUGGAGCUUCUGUGCGUGCUUGCCACAGCAUCUCAAGACAGGAAGCCAGAUGCUAUUGGCUAACUUCGCAAAUAAAGAUGCCCUCAGAGAGAGGGAAGUGUUGGUGUCUGGUGGAGUUUGUGUGGGACUGGCGGACUGACUGGCACUUGAUUCCCAUCUGCCCAGGCCCUCACCAUGCCCACCAUCUUCCCGGAACUGGAUCUGGAGAACUUUGAGUACGAUGAAUCUGCCGAGGCCUGCUACGUGGGCGACAUUGUGGCCUUCGGGACCGUCUUCCUGUCCGUCUUCUACUCCCUCGUCUUUGCCUUCGGUCUGGUGGGAAAUCUGUUGGUGGUCCUCGCCCUCACCCACAGCCGGAAGCCCAAGAGCAUCACCGACAUCUACCUCCUGAACCUGGCCUUGAGUGACCUGCUCUUUGUGGCCACCUUGCCCUUCUGGACUCACUACCUGGUCAGCGAGGAAGGCUUCCACAACGCCGUGUGCAAGCUCACCACUGCCUUCUUCUUCAUCGGCUUCUUCGGGGGUAUAUUCUUCAUCACCGUCAUCAGCAUCGACAGGUACCUGGCCAUUGUCCUGGCCGCCAACUCCAUGAACAACCGAACGGUGCAGCAUGGGGUCACCAUCAGUCUGGGCGUCUGGGCGGCGGCCAUCUUGGUGGCAGCACCCCAGUUCAUGUUCACGAAGAGAAAGGAAAACGAAUGUCUGGGUGACUACCCCCAAGUCCUCCAGGAAAUCUGGCCCGUGCUCCGCAACUCGGAAGCAAAUAUCCUGGGCUUCGUGCUGCCCCUGCUCGUCAUGAGCUUCUGCUACUUCCGAAUCCUCCAGACUCUAUUUUCCUGCAAGAAUCAGAAGAAGGCCAGGGCCAUCAGACUCAUCCUCCUCGUGGUGGUGGUCUUCUUCCUCUUCUGGACACCCUACAACAUCGUGAUCUUCAUGGAGACUCUCAGAUUCUACAACUUCUUCCCCAGCUGUGACACCAAGAGGGACCUGAGGCUGGCCCUCAGUGUGACGGAGACAGUGGCGUUCAGCCACUGCUGUCUCAACCCCCUCAUCUACGCCUUUGCUGGGGAAAAGUUCAGGAGAUACCUUGGACACCUGUACAGGAAGUGCCUGGCUGUCCUUUGCUGCCGUCCUGUCCACGUCAGCUUCACGCCGGAAUCCCAGCGGAGCAGGCAGGAGAGCAUCCUGAGCAGCUUCACUCAUUACACAAGCGACGGAGAGGGCUCUCUCCUGCUCUGAAAGGCCCUGGACUCCUCUGCGAGCCCAGACUUCUCGACUCUGACUCCGGAUAAUGAGGACAGCCUUUUAUUUUUCCCGCUGUGUCCUGUGUGCAAGAAACAUGGACUCGAUGCCUACAAAACAACCCCACAGUGGUUUUGAAAAUUUUCUGUUCAAUUCAUGAACAAUACGCAUAUUGCUGACUGUAAAUGCUGAACAUCGGGGCUUACGUGUGACAAAGCUUCUAACCCGAUUGGAAAAGUCACAAAGGGGUUGCGAGGGUCAUUCUAGUGAUCAUGUUGAGGAGAGGCUGAUUAAAUCCUCAGACUGAGAGGAAAAAAGCUUUGAAUCCAGCUAGAACGUCCCCUCUCUGACCUUCAGAUCUCUGAGUACUGACAGGUCCUCCAGGCACACAUUCCAUAACUUCAGCAGCAGAGAAGGUCCUGCUCUCUCUCUGAUUUCAAGGUCAGCAUUCCCAGGGAAGGAGUUCCAUUGGCCAAGUUGUAUCGCGUGCCCAUCCCUUGAUUCCUCUUGAGGAAGAGACCUGGUCAGUCGUCCUCACCAACUUAGACCUUGAAACCCUAUAUGGUCAAGUUUAGCAGAACCGCCAUAUAUGGGCUGCCUGUGCAUGCUUCAGCAUUACCAGGGCAUACAUUUCAUUCAUUCAUUCAUUCAUUGAAAUAGAACUGAUCUAAGAUAUUAUUGGAAUCUGAAGGUUAGAGGUUGAGGAAGAUAUAUUUCUAAAAAACUGGAGGGUGGGAACUACCCUGAUAAGACAGAAUAAAAAUUGCUCAUCUGCUUUGCCACAGAACAGACUGACUCAGGCUCUCCCCUCAGCAACCAGCCUGUGUCUACUGCCAGCUUCUUCAUUAAGCCCAUCUUGAGAAUGUCCUGGAAAUUCCAAGGACUCCCACUGACCACUACAUCAAACGUAAACUCAAGGGCCUGGCCUCUGAGAUCAGGUACAUAAGAUGCAGUUCUAAAAAUAGACUCUACAUUGCCUCCUCCACCUUCCCAAAGGACGCCACCCACGCUGCUGCCAGGUCCCUUCCGUUUGUCGUUGCCCAUAUCCCUCCACUUCUCUCAGCAUCCCCCCACCGGGAGGAAGGGGAAGAUAGAAAGAAUCUCACCCCAGAGUGAAGGGAUGGAUUUAUAUCCCAGCUCUGUCGCUUGUAAUUGGGGAGACCAGAACCAACAGAACUUCAGCCCCCUCGCCUAUAGAAAGGGGACGGUGGUGGCCUCAUCUAUUCUAGCAUGGCAAAUCAGCCAGGAAUUUAGCUUUCCCUGUGCCUGGCACUGUUGAGCUGCCUCUGAGUGACAGCGCAGAUGGAGUGGGAGGAGCCUGCAGGACAUAGCCAGACAAGAGACCCCCAUUCCUACAGUGAUGCUCAGCAGCACCUAGACCUACAGACCCCUAACCAUCUCCCUGCUGCCAAUCAAGAGCCAGGUUGUGACAGCAGUUUACUUUCUGCCCUCAACCCGAAAGCAUCAUGUGAUCUAACCACGGGAGGCCCUCACAGUUGCACUCACUGACUGGAGCCUCCUUUAUAGUCCGAUAUUGAGAAUUCUGGGACGGCACAGUUCUGUAACUUGCUUUCUAAAAAACACUGGGUCCCAAAUUGCUCUCCAUUCCUGUGUAGCACUGUAAUAACCAUUUUAGAAGUCUCCCCCAGAUGGUGGCACUGAGGAAGUUGUGGCAUGUGGCUCACUGUGGCGCGUCUGACAUCUCCUUGGCAAUCUGCGUGUUUGUUCCAAGGGUGGCAGACGGAGUCACAGCCCUCACAGGCACAUCCAGCAUUUUGACAUUGCAACACGAUGCUGUCUUCUACAGCGAUCACAACUGAGAACCUCAAAAUUUAGUUACCAAAGUGGGGAAACAGGAAAGAUGGCUCAGUGGUUAAGAGCACUGGCUGCUAUUCCAGAGGACUGGGGUUCAAUUUCCGGAACCCACAUAGUGUCUAACAAUGAUCUUUAGCUCCAGUUCCAGGUGAUCCCACAGCCUCUCCUGGUUUCUGAGAACACCAGGCAAACACAUGGUGGACAGA